AUGGUACUAGUUUGUCGGCUGCGGAAAUCACGACCAUCAGAAUGCAAUACUACUUGUGUGGUUUAGAUUCAUUCCAGCACGUCUCAGGUUUGCUGUUGUUUGUAUGAUUGUGUGUAUUGUCGCCUUUCUUUAAAUGAAGACUAAGGAGUUCAUUUGCGUGUGAGUGAAACAAGCAUUUCAGUCUUUUAAAAAGAUGUUAAGCAUGUUGUUAAUAAAGUAAAUCAAAGUGACCUGUUUUCCUCUGUGAUUUACUACCUCUCAUAACAUUUUGCUUGAGUUUUUAAAUUUGCAGUACUUGAUUAAUGGGCUACAUUUUACAAUAAAGAGUGAGACUAUGACUUUCAGAAAUACAAUGGCCUCCAUGCUAAUUAACCCACACAUGCAUACCAUUUUUUACUCAGUUGUAGUUCCAUAAAAUCUGCAACCAUGGUGAUGGCAGUUAGCUAGAUUAGCUCUAAACAAUGUAAUGAGAUAUGGCAGCCAUCAUCUUUUUCAAUUACAAUAUCAUGGGAUUCUAACAUAAUUUCCAGCUGCUGCUAUUGAAGUAUGAAAUACAAAACAGCAUGUUGUUAUGUGGGCUUUCAGGAGAAGAAUACUCAAUCAUAGAUAGUUGUUGUACACUAGCACUGGUUUAAAGCAGUUCUUUUUGAGUGUCUCAGAGUUAUUCUGUAAAUGCCAUGCACUGUGUACAGCACCCUACUGACAACCUCUGUUACAGUAGCUGUAGUCACAUGGCUGAUGAAUUUGCACACACAUCUCCAUCAUUCAUUUAACAGUGUUACAGGAGCAGGUCGGUCUGUAGUGGUGGUUGUAUUCUUCAUCAUUCUUGCUGAGCCUUGGUUAUUGAAAUAACUGGCCUCCAGGCUCCAGGUAUGAAUGUAUAUAAUGUGUGGUGGUCGCUUUCUUGUAAUACAUAAUAAUGUAACAUGUAUGAGAAAAUCAAGGUACAAAGGAGAGGUGGAUGAAGGGAGCUUGUCAGCUGAUAAAACAGCACCCUUACUGUUGCUCUGCACCAACAUUCAGUAUUAUGAAAGAGAUGACACUGCCACAACUGUCUCUUACCAGGUUAAAUAAGUGUCCUUUGCUUUUCAAAGAGAGAAUGUAUUGACUGAACUCUUUGACUCUACAAGAAAUGGUAAUAAUGCUCACUUUAUGAAGAGGAUCCAACUAAAGUGCUCCUUGACGUAGUUUCUUUGAUGAAAUGCACCGGCGGUGCAAAUAGGAUUUUCAAGUUUUCUGGACUAAGAAUUUAUGAAAUCAUAUUGAAGCAUAUAUGCAGAAUAUGAGUAGUUGCAGUGGUGGAAAGUAGGGCCUAUUUAAAUACAUUAUUCAAGCACUUUACUGGAACACAGGUUUGAGGGGGUUUGCUUUACUUGAGUCGACCUCACUGAAUUUUACUUUGUUGAUUCUGAUUUUUUAUUGGCUCAGAUCAAAAAACAUGACACACUGAUUUGUUAUAGAAUAAACUACCAAAUAAAGUUAAAGUUGGCUCCAGGUGUUUACAGGUUAAUGCGUCAGUAUUUUCAGUCCAAGGGAAUUAUAUAUAAUACUGUACUCCAGUAGGGGCUAUUUUUGUGCUUAAUGAAUAGUUUAGAUACUUGAAGUACAUUUUGGGUGUCUACUUCUGCAUUUUUACUCAAAUAGAAUUUUUAUGCAGGACUAAAAUGGACUAUUUUAACAUUUUCGUAUAGCUAUUUUUACUCAGUAAAGAAUCAGAGUAUUUCUUCAGUCACUCGUUCGUUUCACUUCUCUUUAAAAACCCAUUUGGCACAUACGUCCAUCAUUUGGCACCCUGAAAAACUUUGAAGUCCCGACCCUGAAAUCAUAGCUGCCCACUGUACUGAUUGACAGUGUAUCAGCCAGUUAUAAUCAUCUACAAAUCUACAUUACCCUAAAAUGUCAUUCUCCAUUGGCUAGUAGCAGCCGUCAGUCAAUACGUCAUGAUCCCCAGCCAACCAAUGGUUAGGUAGUUUUUUGUAGUUUUUGUAGAUGCUGAGCAACAGGCUGUGCCCCUGCUGAGGGUACCAUAACGAUCGGGAUUAAACGUGUAUUUCGUUGGUCAUCGUUACUAUUGAGGGGCCUUUAUGAUUUAGGUUUCUCUCAUUUUGUGUACCUGGGGUAGGUAGCAGAGGAUAACUGCAUAUACGCUGGUUUUUAUAGACUAACCAGAUUUGUUCGCGGCCUGGGCAUGGAUGAGGCACGGCCUACCAGUGGUGCUCAAGCCCACGGGCUGGUGCCGCUGUUUCCUCCCGGACUGCAGGCUAUUUACGGGGAAUGCAGGCGACUUUACCCCGAACAGGCUAAUCCGCUUCAGGUUACAGCCAUUGUAAAAUAUUGGUUAGGGGGACCAGACCCGUUAGACUACAUCAGUAUGUAUAGGAGUAUGGGCUGUCCAGCUCAGGACAUCCAGGAACAUUGGCACUAUGUCAGCUUUGGACUGAGUGACCUGUAUGGGGAUAAUAGAGUUCAUGAAUUUACAGGAGCAGAUGGGCCCAGUGGGUUUGGCUUCGAGCUCACCUUUAGACUCAAAAGAGAGGUGGGAGAGACAGCCCCACCAACCUGGCCAGCUGAACUCAUGCAAGGCUUGGCUCGCUAUGUGUUUCAGUCAGAAAACACAUUUUGUAGUGGCGACCAUGUAUCGUGGCACAGUCCGCUAGACAACAGUGAAUCUCGUAUCCAGCAUAUGUUACUCACAGAGGACCCACAGAUGCAACCUAUUCAAACACCAUUUGGCACAGUGAGCUUUCUCCAGAUUGUGGGUGUAUGUACAGAGGAGCUACAGGCGGCCCAACAGUGGAACGGCCAAGGCAUCCUGGAGCUGAUGCGUGGAGUCAGAGUAGCUGGUGGCCCCUGGCUAAUCACAGACAUGAGGAGAGGGGAGACCAUUUUUGACAUUGAUCCACACCUACAACAGGAGAGAGUGGACCAGGGUAUCGAGACAGAGGGCUCUAACCUGAGUGGGGUCAGUGCCAAGUGUGUGUGGGACGAUCUGAGUCGACCGCCAGAGGACGAGGAGGACAGCCGAUCCAUAUGCAUAGGAUCACAGCCACGGAGGCUCUCAGACAAAGACACGGAGCAGAUCAGGGAGACCCUGAGAAAAGGGCUGGAGUUUAACAGCAAGGCAGCGCUACCACCCAUCAACAGCCAAAAACCGAACCAUGAAAGACCUCAGAGUCGGAAGGACAGUUUGGAGAGUGAGAGUUCAGCGGCCAUUGUUCCUCAUGAGUUAGUCCGAACACGACAGUUGGAGAGCGUCCAUCUGAAAUUCAACCAAGAGUCAGGCACACUGCUGCCCCUCUGCCUGCGGGGCCGGUUGCUCCACGGUAGACACUUCACCUACAAAAGUAUCAAUGGAGACACAGCCAUUACCUUUGUGUCUACGGGAGUUGAAGGAGCUUUUGCUACUGAAGAGCAUCCGUAUGCAGCCCACGGCCCCUGGCUUCAGAUAUUGUUGACUGAAGAGUUUGUGGAGCAAAUGCUUGGGGAUUUACAGGAACUUAACACUCGUGAGGAGACAAAGUUACCAAAGGAGUACAGUUGGCCAGAAAAGAAGCUGAAGAUCUCCGUACUACCAGACUCGGUGUUUGAUAAUCCACUACAAUGAGACGCUUAAUCACUAAAUAAUACCAACAAAAACACCUACACACACGCACACACACACACACACACACACACACACACACACACACACACACACACACACACUCUCACACAUACUCACACUCUCAGAAUGGACCGUUAUAAACAGGAGAACCAAGACAUGCGGCGACCCUGAGCUGUCAGGGCGCACAGAUUCUUCUUCCCACAGCAGACGGCCAGAGACUGUUUCACUCUAGAAGAUGAUCCGACGGAUGAUCUAAACACUUUUGCCUGUUACUGCAUUCUCAGACUUGCCCCGCUGUUUACACCGUUUCUCUGAGGCUUGAAUGCUUUUGAGAAUGUCAGAUCAGCCUGUCCAGAUGGUCGACCUGUAAGAACAAUCAUAGGUGACACACUAGCUGUAGGGCAAAACAGGAUGUUCCCCCAGUAAGGCCUGCCAAGGUCUGAGGUCCAAAUUAUACGUCACUAAUACAGUUGAGCACACUCCUGUGAUCACCAGACAUAGUGUCUCUAAUGGUUGCUGGUUGAUGUUCUCAAAAACGGAUCUAUUUAUUCCAUUGGCCUUAGAAAGGAUGGAAAAGUCACAUGUAGUUUUUUUUUGUUUGUUUUUCAUUUGAGCUUGUGUAUAGUAUUUACAAAUGCUGGACAUUUUUCUCUUAUGUGUUUGUGUUCAUACCAAAGUUUUAACUGUUGGCACUCCACUGCCAGCACUGUCUGUGUCUCAAAUAUGUCAUGAUUCAGUAAUAAUAGGCAGGCUGAACUAUGAUCAACUAUUACUCACUGCCUAUUCGUGUGGGAUAAUCACAAAAGCAUCUGAACUGUUUAUUCGGUAUCUGGCAAAUGCUGCAGGUAAAACCACCUUUUCUCCCCAGUGCCAAGAACAUGACUCCUGUAUUGAGUAAUAUUUUUCUUUGGAACGCGUCCUCUCUCACGCACGAUGAUGCGUGUUUUAAAGUUAUGAAAUGUAAUACAUCAAGUCCGUUGUAAACGUUCAAAGAGUGGUAGUCCGUGUUCAGCGUCCUCUCUCAAGCGUUGUCUCCAGUGGCCACAUAAAAAUGUGUUUUUUUUAUCAGUUGGACCUGCUUGAAAGUGAGUCAGAGAAAAGUUCCUCAGUGCCUUGAGUUGAAAAGGACCACACAGUCCCUGUUGACUCUCCAUGCUGCCUACAGUGCCGUGGUUAUGAGACAUCACUUUGGAUGAAGGCUGCUGUGCUCAUUGUUUUUUUUUUGUGUUUUUUUUUCCUGAUACUGUCAUUACAUUCCAAUUUAACACUAAAGCAGAAAAAACUACUUUUACUACAGUGUCUUCUUACAAAAAUGUACUCUUCUACAACAUGUGAUGGCAUCUUAUUUUUGUUUUUUUAUUCAGAGUGACAAGUGUAAAGUUUAGGCAUUGUUCAUAUGGCGUUUUGUACUUCCUAUCUUAUUGACUGAACUGGUUGAUUGUAAUCCCAAGUGCAUUAAAGAGUGUAGAUAUUUACACAAAUAAAGCUGCCAAACUAA